AUGGUUCAAGGAAUUCUGAAGGAUGAGAUCUUUGGUAUUAUUUCUCAGGCUAGAAGAUGUCCUACUGAAACGUUUAUCAUUUGCUAUGUCCUUCAAUCUCUGGCUCAUAGUAUUUGGAGAAAACGUAACGCUAGGAAGCAUGGAGAGCAGCCGCUGGAUGAUAAAACCCUUUCCAAGAUGGUGGAUAAGACUUACGUCUAA